AUGUCAAGCCAGACCGUCCGUGUUGCCGCCGUUCAGGCCGAGGGCUGCUACUUUGAUCUGAAUGCUGCAGUCGAGAAGACAUGCACGCUCAUUGAAGAAGCAGCCAGCAAGGGAUGCGACCUGAUUGCCUUUCCCGAAGUCUGGAUUCCCAACUACCCGGGGUGGAUUUGGCAGAGACCUAUUGACUUUGACAUGGUCAAGGAAUACAUGAAGUCUUCUCUCAAGCGUGAUGGACCCGAGAUGGCCAAGAUAUGUGCUUGCGCUGGCAAGAACAAAAUUGCAGUCGUCCUUGGCUACUCCGAAAACGCCAACCAUUCCUUAUAUCUAUCCCAAUCCAUCAUCGGCAAGGACGGAGAGAUCAAGAUGAUCCGCCGCAAGAUCAAACCCACUCACGUUGAGCGAACCUUGUACGGCGAUGGCAGCGGCGCGUCUCUUCACAAUGUUGUCGAAGAGCCUGGCAUUGGCAAAAUUGGUGCACUCUCUUGCUGGGAGCAUUCCCAGCCUUUGCUGCGCUACCACACUUACUCCCAGGGCGAAGAGAUUCACGUGGCAGCCUGGCCUCCCAUGAACUACUUUAGUUCUUUCCCCGAGGGCUCAGCCCUCUGGUCUCAGUGUCGCGAGGGGGCGCGCAACCUCUCUACCACUCACGCUAUUGAAGGGAACUGCUUCGUUGUUCUUUCCUCUUCAUUCUACACCCAGGCAGGGGUUGAUCGUCAGAAGCUCGGCGAUGGUAAACUCUAUCACAUUGGCGGUGGCGGCUGCGCCUGUAUCAUCGCGCCAGACGGCCGGAAGCUUACUGAAGACCUCGGCGAGGAGGAAGAGGGUCUUCUGAUCGCCGACAUUGACUUGGAUGAGAUCAUGAAGGUGAAGGCUAUGCUGGAUGUCCACGGUCACUACAGCCGACCGGACUUGUUGUGGCUGGGUGUCGACUCGCGAGAGAAGAAGCAAGUUCGUAGAGAGACCGAGCUGCUUGAUGCUUAG